AUGCGCAUAUCUCAAAGCAAGGACUUUAGGUCACUACCGACGAGAGCAAGAAGUCAAAACAGCUAUUACCAUGCCGAUAGACUUGCCAUUUUCUUGGCUCCUUUUGGUUCAAGCAUACUUGUGAAUUCGUCGGGUAGUGGUCUUGGCCUUGCUUACCACAACGCCAGGGCAAACAUAUCUGGAGAAUCUUUUGUGGCUGUGGAGUUUGAUACUUACUCUAAUGAAUGGGAUCCAUACUAUCCACACGUAGGUAUCGAUAUCAAUUCACUGAUUUCUGCUACCACCGUCACAUGGUCGAAUAACAUCCCUCAAGGGAUUAGUUAUAAUUCCUCUUUGAAAAAUCUUAGUGUAAUCUUCACAGGUUAUAUGAGUAAGCAACUCCUAACUUGCCACCUUGACCAUAGGGUAGAUUUGAGAAAUUACUUACCUGAGUGGGUGAGUUUAGGCUUCUCAGCAGCUACAGGGGCCUGCUUUCAGAAAAAUAACGUUAAGUCCUGGGAGUUCAAUUCAACUUUAGAAAUAAUAAGUAAUAAUCCAGGUCCUAACUACACUGAUCCUUCCGUAGUGCCAAACAUCAAUUCAGAUUCUAGAAAUGCAAACCGUGGAGGAAAGAAAAUGAAGCCAGGAUUAACGAUUGGCUUGAUUGUUGGUCUGACUAUUUUCAUUCUCGGUUUGUUUUUCGUUGCUUAG